UCAUUGUGGAGGGACGAGAGUAGAGGCACUAUGUAAGGUGGCAUGCGUUUGACGAGGUUUGUGUCCGAGACAUCUUGAACAUCUUUCAUCGCACAAUGUCGACCGUGGUGGACCCGACGCAAGAACAAGAUUCGCCGGCGAAGGCCGCGCGGAACCCGCCUAACUUCUGGGAUCCCAUCUCGUAUGAAUUCGAGGAGCCGACUCCGCAAUGUCUUCUCAGGGCUAAACGUGACAUUAUGGACAUCUACACCCAGCCUCCCCCUGGAGUUUUCAUUGCGCCGGAGGAAAACAACAUAACCAAGAUCCAUGCAUUGGUGCUGGGGCCCUUUGACACUCCGUACGAGGGUGGCUUCUUCCACUUCAUCAUGAAGUGUCCGCCAGACUACCCAAUUCAACCCCCACGAGUCCGACUCAUGACCACAGACGGAGGCAGGGUGCGCUUCAAUCCGAACCUCUACAAUAAUGGCAAAGUCUGCCUCAGCAUCCUGGGGACAUGGGUUGGACCAGCUUGGAGUCCUGCACAGUGCAUAGCAAGUGUGUUGGUCUCCAUUCAGUCACUGAUGACGGAGAAUCCCUACUACAAUGAGCCCGGAUAUGAAUCGGAAAGAUGGCCAGGCGAGGCAGCUCGGUACAACACCAUCAUACAGCACGAGACCAUCCGGGUGGCCGUUUGCAACACUGUUGAAGCCUGUCUCCAGGGUAAUUCUCCAUGCCCAGCACCUCUGAGGGACGUGAUCUUGAAGUCUUUCCCUGACUUCUACAACACGUACGAGAAUGUGGUCAAGAGCCAUCUGCACUUGUCUGGUUCCCCAAUGAAUGAUCCAUUUGGUGACAAGAGAGGGACGUACCAGUUCUCCACGCUGCUCACACGACUGCAGAGCUUAAACGAGCAAGUCAAGAAGAAAAAUGAGGCAGCCAACAAGAAAGAGAAGAAGGAAAAAAAGGAGAAAAAGGAGAAGUAAUUGCUUUGUGUUUCGCCCUUGCUGCAUUGCGUUGGCUACAGGCAAACUUGGUACAUUCUUUUCGUCCUCCACAACUGCCUGGUGGAGGGUUCUCCCUUUUUUUAAAUUUUCUGUUCCACAGUUGAGCAAAAGUCUACGUUAACGGCUAUGUGGCCAUCAAAGACGAUGUACACUGUCAUUCAUUUGAGUUUCUGGUGAUACUUCUGUACACAGUGUGGCCACUUCUGUAGUAGUGUGAAACAUUGUGCUAGUCUGUGGGAGUUUUCGUAAGGGGCGAUAACAAGUGGGAGUGAGGACGUCAAGAGGUAUGGUAAUAGCUGUCGCAAAAUAUAUUGUUGUGCACGGAACGCAAACAUUCUGCGGAGCAUUGAGAGCAUCCGCCAAGGUGCACAACAGUGGUCACCAUGAGCCAACUGGCCCUCUCUUCUACCAAGCCAUUUUGCGUUUUUAAAAGGGCCUUGUGUUUAGCUUCUGCUGCUCGGUAACGUAUGGUUUGCGUCAUUGUCAUAAGGAUUGCUAAGGCAGAAGCAAUAAUUUCUUAAGGGAGUUCUGUUCAUACUGAAAAGAUUUUGCGCCAAAAAACAACACAUACAAGAAAGACGACGACACCACGGGUGCUACUUCAACUGUUUAAUGAGGGUGAAAGCUCUCGACAUAUAUAGCCCUCCGAAACACCGCACAUGCGUACAACGCAACAUGGAGUACAAAGUCUUAUCAGAGUAGGCGCGAUAGAAACUUCAACUCAGCCUCGUAAAGAAAAAACGAUGUAUCACUAACACAGUUCGGACCUGCUUUCUUGAUGUAGAAAGCUUCCAAUGUUUCAUGUGAUGUCUGAUGCCUGCCUCUACCCAAAAUCCUCGCAUCGUGGAACCGUGGAAAACAAUCAGUGCAAGCCCUGCAGUGAUCCACAAGUUGCUCACCUUCAUUAUUUUUUAUACCUUUUGCAUGUUCCCUAAGCCAGUCGUUUACACAACAGGACAGAGGAAUUUCAUAUACGACGUUUGUGGCACGCUUUACGAAACGCUGGCCAUGCUUCUUCUGACAGCCGGGCGUUUGGCUUUCGCAAGUUAUGCGACGGUUUAGCUGGGCAAGCUUUUCGUGAGCGGAAAACACCACCGGUACAUUAUACCAGUUAGCCACUUUUUUCAGGCUGUGCGUGAUUUUAUGGAUGUAUGGGACCACUAUAGGCCACUCUUUUUUCUUCGGCUCUACCCUGCUUACCCCAGCCUUUCCUCUGUCCUGCGGGAAAUCCUACAUUGGACAGACGGGGCGUUGUGUGAACGACCGGCUUAGGGAACAUGCAAAAGGUAUAAGAAAUAAUGAAGGUGAGCGACUUGUGGAUCACUGCAGGGCUUGCACCGAUUGUUUUCCAUGGUUCCGCGAUGCGAGGAUUUUGGGUAGAGGCAGGCAUCAGACAUCGCGUGAAACAUUGUAAGCCUUCUACAUCAAGAAAGCGGGUCAAAACUGUGUUGAUGAUACAUAGGUUUUUCUUUACGACGCUGAGCUGAAGUUCCUAUCGCGCCUACUCUGAUAAGACUGUUCUCCAUGUUGCCUUGUACGCAUGCGCGGUGUUUCGGAGGGCUAUAUAUGUCGAGAGCUUUCACCCUCAUCAAACAGUUGAAGUAGCACCCGUGGUGUCAUCGUCUUUCUUGUGUGUGUUGUUUUUUGGCGCAAAAUCUUUUCAGUAUGCAAGAUCACCAACUAGCCCAGCAGUUAACUCUUCUAGAGUUCUGUCCCUUUUCCAAAUGAUGGACCACUCUCUGCAUGCAGCUGCCUUUGCUUUUUCCAGGUAUGUUUGCUAAACAUUUGGCGAGGACAUCAAAAACGGAAGGCAAUCCUACUUAAUUGGAGAAUACUGUACGAGCAGCAUGACAAACAGCGGCAAGGGUUCUAACUUGCAUUUUCAUGGGGCUGUUUGCGUUACUAGGUGGCAAAAGCCCUUGGAUUCCUUGAGCCCCAACCACGUGGAGUGGCUUUCCGGGCAUCAAGUCAGCAUUGCACUGCCCACUGUCAAUUUAAGGUUGUUCACUUGCACCCGGAGUGGCACAGGUCUGUGAAUGGUGGUGAAUCAAGUUCACAACCUUCCUUGCUCUGGUUACCACAGUAUAGACUAAAAACAACGCUGACUUAACGAUUUAGACAAUGCAUCCGGUUCUGUGUAGUUGGGGCUUUAAUACACGUCAUUGACAGCCAAGCCUCCUUGGCAGUACAUUGCAUUCAUUGUAUGUUUAUUCAUUGUGUCUAGUCCCCAGCUGGCAUCGCUCUUUGUCCUCAUGUAAUUUGUUAAGACAUUAACUGCACAUGUUAAACGAUCACUCAGAUUUUUUUUUUUCUUUGGGUUUCUGAUGUGUUCUUACGGAGGAAGUCUCAGUAAUCACUGCAUUGCAGCCAGGAACCCAGAAGGUAGCAAGGCAUGCAAGUUGCAUGUGAAAAGUGUCUAUCUGUUCCAAAGGUAUUUAGCCUGUCACAACUUUGGCUGGUGUGGAUGUUCGAGACCUUUUAGUGUCACUGAAGUUUCACAUACUGGUGUAAUUUGAGCAUAUGUAGUACAGCUGCAUACCUUGUAGAGUUUCUACAAGCGUGCCAGCACUGCAAAACAGGAACAGAUUGACAAAGCCUUGCACCUCCAUUUUGGCUGCGGUGGUGCUGGGCUGCUUUUUCUUGGAACUGAUGGUGCAUAGAUACUGUACAGUAAACUUCAGUGUAAGAGAUUUGUUGUCGUUGCAGGUUGUGAGGAGUUGCUUUUCAAACAGAGCUAUGUCCCAGGACACACGGUGUUUAAAUGUUGCACAAGAUUGUCUGUGUUCACAUAUUGCAGGAAAAUUUGCACAUGUGCGUGUGAUUUGGUCUUGUGUGGUGUAGUUGCUUUUGCCUUGCUUGUAUAUUGCCACUGUAUGUCAGAAGAUCUGAAUUGUUGAAAUUUACAUCAUGCAUAAUAAAGAUAUCAAUUAAAACGGA